UCGAAUGUGUUAAUUUAACACCUACCAACUUAAUUUUAUCCUGUAGCAUAACGAAACGAACAAAUUGCAUAUCCGUUUCCUUGGCCCAAACGUUGGUUCCAAUACAGCCAUGGUUAACCGCCGCUCGAAACUACAAGCGGGCUAAAGUUUAUUUGUACAGUCGCUUAAACGCCGUCGUGGCGAUCGCGUGUGUCGUUGACCGGAAAAUUCCCAGAGUUUUUCUUAUUUGCUUUUGCCGCCAUAAAUUUAAAUAACGAUAGAACGGUUUUUAAAAUGUGAUCGCUUUGUUUAUGGAUAAAUAUGGAAAUUAAAGUUGAUGUGCACACGGUGCACCCAGCUACGCCUGUAAGAAGGCCUCCUCAGGCUAAGGACACUUGGUGCACACCUGUAUCCACGCCGGUACAUACCACAAUAACUAAAACGAGAUCUAAUAUCGAAACCAAAUCUGAGCUACAGGAUGUACAGAAUAAAGAAAGGGAUUUAAGUCAAUUACAAAAAAUUCAGCUCUUCUCGCCGAGUCCGCCACCUGCAUACAAAUCCGAGAAUGAUAUAACACAAGCUGACACUGAAUUAAAAGAGUUCAAGCCGCCAUCAUCCAAUGAGAAUUCACCAGACAUUCCGCCAGUUUCGGAAGACAAACUCGAUGCAAUAAUCGAAACACCACAAAGUCCAGUGCCGACGUCUCCGUCUUAUCACCAAAAAUGUCAAAGAUUUGCACAAUGGUCAGCGAUCCGCGAUCUUUUUGUGCCGAUAGACCCUCAAGGUCCCCACUACAUCAGUUGGCUUUUCAUAAUGACGAUCAGCUACAGUUAUAACGCUUGGUGUAUAGUUCUCCGCGCUACAUUCCCCUACCAGACUCCUAGCAACACCAGUAUAUGGAUGGCUUGUGACUACGUGAGCGACGUCAUGUACCUUCUGGAUACAGUGUUUGUGAAGCCAAGACUGAUGUUUUUACAUGAAGGAUUCUGGGUCGAUGACCUCACUGAGACACGGAAGAACUAUAGGAAGAAGUCCCAAUAUAAGUUUGACGUGAUAUCUCUCCUCCCAUUGGAUUUAUUAUACCUAUACUUUGGAACCAAUAAAGUGAUCUUACGCUUUCCAAGAUUGUUGAAAUUGCAAACAUUUUGGGAAUUCCAUCAGGCUAUAGAUAGAGUGCUUGCCUCUCCUUAUGUUGUACGAAUCGGUAAAAUGCUCUUCUACAUCUUCUACCUGAUUCAUUUAAAUGCGUGUGCAUACUAUGCGAUGAGUGACUACAUAGGACUGGGUAGUAAUGGCUGGGUAUAUGACAACCAAGGGUCAGCCUACAUUCGCUGUUUCUACUUCGCAACAAAAACUGCGACAUCUAUCGGCAAGAAUCCGAAGCCUGAAAACACCAUUGAGUACUUGUUCAUGACUGCAGCCUGGUUAAUGGGAGUCUUCGUGUUUGCUAUUCUUAUUGGACAGAUCAGGGACAUUAUUGCUACUGCUACUAGAACAAGGACGGAGUACCGUAAGACACUGGACGGUAGCAGGAGUUAUCUUCGUCGAUUAAACAUGCCAGUAACACUGCAGAGACGAGUAGCAUCGUGGUACGACUACACUUGGAGUAAACAACGAUGUUUUGACGAACCCAGAAUUUUGAAUUCUUUGCCAUCUAAUAUGAAACGCGAUGUAGCACUCGAAGUUCAUAUGACAACGCUAAGCAAGGUACAACUAUUCCGCGACUGUUCAGAUUCUCUGCUCCGUGACUUGGUCUUACAACUACGUCCUGUCUGCUUUCUCCCUGGAGACGUAGUGGUACGACGUGGUGAGGUUGGCCAUCAGAUGUACAUCAUUUCUUCUGGAGAGUGCUGCGUAAUGUCACAAGAUGAGAAAGAAGUGUUAGCUACUCUGCAAGAGGGUUCCGUAUUUGGAGAGAUCAGUUUACUGGGUAUUGAUGGGUUACGACGACGUACUGCAACAGUUAGAGCGCGCGGCUACGCAAGUUUAUUUGCUUUGUCUAAAAGCGAUCUCGACGCUGCACUAAAGCAUCACAAGCAAGCCGCUCAAGUACUCCGCAUUAGAGCUGAUCAGAUUAUUCGAGAAAAUGCAGCCAGACAGGCUAAACAGCGUAUGAUAAGACUUGAAGCGAAGAAAAGUGUUAGUAUACAUGAAGAUGAGAGUAUCGUGAGAAGACGCCUGUCCAAUACUUCCAGUGCUUCUAAUUUGACUCUAGAGGGCGCUAGAAGGCAAAGGUCAGCUAGUGCAUUGUCUAAGAGAAGACUGUCGGCUGUUUCUGAGAGUGGAGUUGUUGAUCAGGGCCAGGCAGCCACUUUAGCUGUAACUUGUGACAGAGCACGAACUCCACUACCAACAAUAGUCCUAUCGGGAGAUUGAAGAAAAAUCUAAAACUUUAAACUAAAAUGAUGAACUAAAGAAAAGACUAAGUAGUGUGCACUUAAAAAAACUGUGAGGAUGAAAACAUAGAAAGUUAUUUGUAAGAAGAAUUGAGUAAUGAGUAGGUAAUAGAGACGUUUUGAUAUUGAGGUAUACGACAUUAAUGUAAGGUGUUAUUAAAAGAAAAUGUUUUACAAGGUCUUAAGCAAAAAUAACAUAGAAUAGAAUUGCUUCACCGCAGAUUUGUAUUGUAUCUAUUCGCACAUAAACCUAUAUUGCAACUAGCUGACCCGGCGAAUUUCGUACCGCGUAAUACUCUAACCUACUCUAUCCCACUCUACCCUACUCAACCCUACUCUACCCUAUUCUACUGUACCCUAAUGAAAAAUAGACUAUCCUAUCUCUCAAGUUAGAUCGAACUGCACAUAGUGUGCGAAUUUUAUUAUAAUCGGUUAAGUGGUUUAGGAGUCCAUUGAGGACAAACAUUGUGACACGAGAUUUAUAUAUAUUAAGAUUAGUCUACAUAAUCCCAAUUCAAACUGAAACAUAAUAAUAUGUAGAUAUUAAAUGUACUUGAGAAAGUAUUGUAUUGAUGUUCUAGUCGAUAUACCUAAAGUAGAUAAAAUUCAAAAUAUUAAUUAAUGUAAUAUAAUUAAUGCAUUUUUAUUUUUAUAAAUAUUAUUACAUAAUUUACAUUUACUAUUCUAAUUCUAUUAGUUAAUGAUCUAGUCUCCAUACCCUAAAAGAUGUACCAAAAACAUCGAUGUUUCCAUGUCUAUUACGCUCAAUAUCUUUGUUGUUUGUUUGUAACUUAAAAAAAAAACGUUAUUUUUGUAAAUAAUUUAUUUUCGACGUGCAUACUUACCUAUAUAUUUCUAGACUGUCUAUCUAUUGAUGUGUCA